UAAAUAGAUAGUCGGAUUCCACUCGUCUCUGUCUUUCUUUCUAUAUAUAUACGUCUACAAACACACCUCCAACAUCUCUCUUCCCUUUGCCCCUUUUUCUCCACAGCCCUCUCGGAUUAACCCUUAACUCCUCUCUCCUUCCAAGACAUUGUUGCCAAUCAAGCUUCUGGGAAUGCAGAACAAUGUGCUUGAUAACGGAGGUUUCUGUCUUCAGCGCCCGCAGGCUUGUGCCUAAGGCAGGCUCAGUCUUGUUCAUCCUUAACAAAGAUGGGCAAGAGGGUCACAUCACCAUGAAAACCUGCAGCUGGAUGCACAAUGAAGUCAUGUGUGAUCAACCUUCUGUUGUGUUGAAGCAUGACGUCGUAGAAGACGGUUGAUUGCUCAACUCAACAAGAAGUCCUGCCUUGUAAAUAUCACAUCCAGCAGGAGACAAAAGCGAGUGUAGAAAGUUAGUUUUUUUUAUUUGGAAUGGACCAGAACGGAAACAUAUUAAUGAAGAAAUAUGAGGUUGGGAGGUUGUUAGGUAAAGGCACUUUUGCCAAAGUUUACUAUGGUAAGAACCUGCAAACGGGAGAGAGUGUUGCAAUCAAGGUGAUCGAUAAGGAAAAAGUACUGAAGGUUGGUCUUAUUAAUCAGACGAAGCGGGAGAUAGCUGUGAUGAGAUUGAUCAAACACCAAAAUGUGAUGCAGCUUUACGAAGUAAUGGCCACGAAAACUAAGAUCUACUUUGUUAUCGAAUUUGCUAAAGGUGGCGAGCUAUUUAACAAGGUCAAAAAGGGAAAGCUCAAGGAAAGUGCUGCCAGAAAAUAUUUUCAGCAAUUGAUUUCUGCUGUUAGUUUUUGCCACAACAGGGGUGUUUAUCACCGUGAUCUUAAACCAGAAAAUCUGCUGCUGGAUGAAAAUGGCACUCUAAAGGUAUCAGAUUUUGGUCUGAGUGCACUCUCGGAUUCCAAACGACAGGAUGGGUUGCUCCACACAACGUGUGGAACUCCGGCAUACGUUGCUCCCGAGGUCAUUGGCAGGAAAGGAUACGAUGGGGCGAAAGCGGAUAUCUGGUCUUGUGGGGUGAUACUGUUUGUUCUGCUUACUGGCUAUCUGCCGUUUCAUGACCCAAAUCUUAUAGAGAUGUAUAGGAAGAUAUCGAGGGCCGAGUACAAAUGCCCUCCUUGGCUCUCACCUCAAGUGCGAAGACUGCUCUCAAGAAUCCUUGAUCCCAACCCCCAAACUAGGAUUUCCAUAGAGGAAAUAAUGGAAACCCCCUGGUUCCAAAAAGGCUAUGAUUCCAAAGCUACAAGGAUCAAAACCGGGGAUAACGAAAUGCCUCAUACAGACACUGAUUCUGUUUCAAGCCAUUCUAGUCCUGACAUUGCUGCUGAGACAAAGGUGGAGUUGGCAAGACCUGCUAGCCUGAAUGCAUUUGACAUCAUAUCUCUAUCAACCGGAUUUGACUUGUCUGGUUUUUUCGUGAGGAAGGACCAAAAGGACGAAGUUCGAUUCACAUCAAGUAAGUCGACUUCUGCUAUCGUAUCAAAACUUGAGGAGAUCGCUUCUCGUCUGAGAUUAAGCGUGAAGAAAAAGGACGACGGUUCCAUGAGAUUAGAGGGCUCCGACGAGGGUUGGAACUGGACUCUAUCCAUCGACGUAGAAAUCUUUGAAAUCGCUUCCUCAUUCCAUGUAGUCGAGGUGAAGAAGUCUAGCGGUGACACUCUAGAUUAUCAGAAUAUGCUGAGACAGGAUAUAAGGCCAGCUCUUGGAGAAAUCAUUUGCGCAUGGGAAGGAGAGCAACAAGAGCUGUAGCAACAGCAGCUGCUGAUUCUUGGUUCUUGUUUUUUGGUUUCUUUUUUCUUUUUUUCUUUUUUUUUGUUUUGUUUUGUUGUUUUGAUCUUUCUCACAGUUGUUUUGAUCUAGUACUGCAAAACAACUUUGUUUGAGCCAUCACCUGAAAAUUUGAUCAAUUAUUCACAUUGUUUGAGCAACGUGAAGUGAUUUUCUGAUCAGAAUCAUAUGUUGUCAGCUCCUAAUUCCACACAAAUCUGGUGAAAUGUUUAAAAUUUUGCCUUCUGAGUCA